AUGUCUGGCCUCGACUGGGACCACGUCACCAAGAUUGGCAGCAAGAACCGCGGUGGUGCUGCCCAGCGCGAAACCGUCGUCAAGGGCCGCAGCGCUCUCAACGCCGCUCAGCGCAGCGGCAACGUCGUCGCCACCGAGAAGAAGUACGCCGCCGGCAACGGCGCGUCCAAGCCGGCGGUUGAGGGCCAGCACCUGACCAAGGUCGAUCGGUCCGACGACAUCGUCAAGGUCAAGGUCCUCGGCAAGGACGUCGGCGCUAUUAUUGCCGACCGGCGCGGCAAGAUGGAGCCCAAGCUGUCACAGAAGGACCUCGCGGACCGCUGCAACACCAAGCAGGCCAUCAUCGCCGCCAUGGAGCGCGGCGAGGGCCAGCCCGACCAGAAGGUGCUCGGCGCCAUCGAGCGCGUGCUCAACGUCAAGCUACGGGGCAGUGACAUUGGCAAGCCCAAGUUCGAGAAGAAGAAAUAG